AUGUCCGGACAACUCCCCAAUUUGGCCGCAGAUGCCGUCCUAAAACAGUCCAUCGAUGUGCCUGACACCUUCGUUAAGGUGUCUGGUGUUGACUACUCCAAGGACUCUGCCUACGACUCCAAGGCCACUGAUUUGAUCAACUCCAUGAGAAACAUGGGAUUCCAGGCAUCUUCCGUCGCUACAGCUUGUGACAUCAUCAACGAAAUGAGCCUGUGGCGUGGAAAACACAAGGAUGACUUGGAAGAGCACGAGCACACCGGUGUGUUUGACAAUGAGGGAUACCAGAGAUCCACCAUUUUCAUGGGUUUCACCUCCAACUUGAUUUCCUCUGGUUUGAGAGAUACCUUGAGAUACUUGGUGCAGCACAAGAAGGUCAGUGCCAUUGUGGCCAGUGCAGGAGGUAUUGAGGAGGACUUGAUCAAGGUUUUGGCUCCCACAUACAUGGGGGACUUUGCCUUGCCAGGAAAGGAGUUGAGAGACCAGGGUCUCAACAGAAUUGGAAAUUUGUUGGUUCCAAACGAUAACUACUGUAAAUUUGAGGAGUGGAUUGUUCCUAUUUUGGACACUGUCCUUGAGGAGCAGCAGGCAGCCUUGAAAAAGGCCGGUAACGAUGCCUUGGAUGCUGACUCUGAUGCUGUAUGGACUCCAUCCAGAUUGAUUGAUCGUUUGGGUAAGGAAAUCAACGAUGAGCUGUCGGUGCUCUACUGGGCCCACAAAAACCAAAUUCCAGUGUUUUGUCCAGCUCUUACCGAUGGUUCCAUUGGUGACAUGCUCUUUUUCCAUACGUUCAAGGCUGCCCCACAGAGAUUCCAUUUGGACAUUGUGUCUGAUAUUCGUCGCAUCAACUCCAUGUCCAUGGAAGCCACCAGAGCUGGUAUGAUUAUUUUGGGAGGAGGCUUGAUCAAGCACCACAUCUGCAAUGCCUGUCUCAUGAGAAAUGGUGCCGACUGGGCUGUUUACAUCAACACCGGCCAAGAGUUCGAUGGUUCUGAUGCUGGAGCCAGACCAGAUGAAGCUGUGAGUUGGGGAAAGAUCAAAGCCGAGGCCAAGUCGGUCAAGGUUUAUGCUGAUGUGACUGUUGUGUGGCCAUUGAUUGUUGCUGCAACGUUUGCUGCUCAGAAGCCAUGA